AUGUGUGACGGAUGUGGAUCAUUGGAGCCGCGUGGAUGCCGCAGUCGGGAGCUGCGCUGCGGCAUCAUGUACACCACCUGUGACUGCGUGAAGCGGAAUGGCCUGCAGGACAAGUGUCCGCGGUCCGCCUGCCAGGGCAGACCGGCCUGCCUGUGCUUCCCGUUCCCCACCUGCGGUCCGGCGGCCUUUCCCCUGCGCUACGCCAACAUGACGAUGGGCGUGAACAACAAGCGGAUGCGCUGUGCGGCUACCGGAGCUCCGAACGGCGGUGCCUGUGGCGGUCGUGCUGCCGGCGGCUGCUGUGGCUGCUAAGCUUAAUGCCCACAGCGCUGAUCCGUCCACAAGGAUAGCAUGCCCCGAGUCGGGAUCAAAGCGAAGCCAGGCUCCAAGUCCAUGACUGACCCCCAACCCUCCACAUUCCGUCGCGUGUGGUUUCUAAGUAGUUCCUGGCAAGUGAUGCGAUCGGAUCCUCACGGGACAUGUUGUGUGGCGCUCUUUUGGUUGAUCAUAAACUGAAGGUGGCUUAAAUCAAGAUGGAGCUCGGAGCGCGAAAACCCGGAACCAUCGAAUGGCUGGAAACAUGUGGCGCAACAGUGUAAAAUACGUUCGUCUGUCUUGAUUUAAGCGCAAAAUCAUUUGUAGGUUUUUGGAAUUUUCUUCGGCAAUAAAUUAUAAAUUGUAAAAUAAAAUAAA